GUUGGCGGCGCCCGUUUCGAAGCUACAUUUCCACCAAUCAGCGUCGCGCAUCGAAAUUGCAGACGGUUUGAUUGGGUGCGCUGCAGCCAAAGCCACCAAUGAGAUGCAUGCCGGCCACUGUGGCGACCUCCGACCUGGUCGAACGUGUCGCGCACGACGGCUGGCAUAGCGCAAUCGGACGCCGUCAUGGCCGCCAGACGUCUCGCCGACGAUGCAGCCACCACGACGCCGGCCCCAAGCGCGAUCGUCGAGCUCGCGAACGCGACGGCGACGCCCUCGCCUCCGCUCACGGACGCCAACACCGGCGCCGAUAGCACGACACUCAUCCUCGCCAUUGUGCUCGGUGUCCUAGGCCUCGGCCUCCUCGUGGGCAUGAGCCUCCUGUGGUGCAAGCGCCGGCGGCGUACCCAUCGGCAGCAGGCCCACGAAACGUACUUCAAAGCGACGACGACCAACACCAACUCGAACGAAGACGGGUACAACUAUGGCCGCCGGGCUGCGCCGUAUACGAUGGACACGUAUCCGAUCCAGCUCAGCGAGUACCAGCCAUCGAUGGGGACCGAGUCGGCGCCGGCCGCCGACAUGUACUACGCGAGCAACGAUAGCCCCGCCGUGCUACCGCCCAACUACAGCCGGAAGAUUGCGAUGCGCGGGCGACCUGCCUCGUUCGCGGGCUCGGGCGUCUCGGAGGACUCGUCGAUCGUGUCCAACUCGGAGCGCGAGUCCGAGACCGAGUGGACGACCAAGCUCAUCAAGCUGCAUCAUCAGAGCACAUCGUCGGCGUCGUCGUCGUCGGCCGUCUCGUCGAGCUCGUCGUCGCCGCGCGAGAUUGUCAUUUUGCACGACCCGAAUAAGAGCAUGCCACGCGAGUCGGACGGCGUUCGGUAUGGUGACUCGAUGUUUUCGCAGCCGUCGCUCGGCCAUACGUUUGCCCGCGGCUCUAACGCGUUCCGCGUGAGCUCCUUUAGCUACGACCUCAGUCCGUCGCUUCUCGACACGAACGGCAGCACCGUCAUCAUGGAGACCACGUCCCAGACAUCUCGCGAGUCGUACGAUAUUUAAAAUAACCCGUCAUCAUCUAUCUCGGCUUCUGUGUUGCCAC